CACACUUAAAUGAUUUCUAUCGUGUUGCUCCUUCAGAGAAGAAACGUUCUAAAAUUCUCGAUUUGGAUUCCAAACUUGAGAAGAGUCUUUUCACCCCCUUCAGAGAGAUCAAGGUCAAGGUUCACUUAGUGUCCUUUGGAAAAGAAUAAUAAUUCAACCACCAGAAAAUGAAGAUCUGCAACAUAUAGUCAAAGUGAGGUAUCCUGAUUUGGAGCUUCAUGCAAGCGAACUUAUAGGUAUUGAUUUACAAUUUUGAUAAUAUAUGGUCGGCAAUCUGUUUAUUGUCUCGGCAGGUUCUCGUUAAGGUAUUAAGAAUAAUUAUAAGCUGCCUGUGCUAUUGUUACUUUUCUUUUGAUUAAUGUCCAUUUGGUUCUACAUGGCAGGGAUCUCUUAAAAUGGUGUAAAAGAGUUACUGGAGUUACUUCAUGUGUGUAGCUUGUAUUUCAUCUCGGGCUGUUGAUGUAUUUGCGGCCUUUCCAGCUUCAUUUGAUAACCGGUUAUCAAUAAUGAAAGAGAUAGGAAAGUUGUGGAAAACAUGGGAUUCUGCUGCUGAGACCUUAUAUCCCCUCGACAAACCAAUAUAUCAGGAUUCUGUCGCAGGUUUAAAAAUAGGCCGGAUUGAAAUUGGCUUGGCUAAAGCAGAUGUUGUUUUCAAGUCACCAGAAGAAGAUAGAUCAACUCUGAAUCUCCGAAUCCUCACUCUGAGUUUUUCGGCUCCGGUUUUUCUCCCCCUUUGCAAUGGAUCUUAGAUUUUCACUUAUAGGUGUAGAUUAGAGAUUCCGAUUAGGAAAAUUAUUGAUUUUACGUUUCAAAAUUUAUGAUUGAUUUUCGAUUUGGUUUAUGCGUUAGAAUUCUGAGUUAGGAAAUUAGAGAUUCAAUUUGUUACAAAUUCUGAGUUGUAAUUUGUAUGUAAUUUGAUCUUGAUUCAAUUUAUGUUUGAUUUCCU